AAAAAACAAGCCAUUACUCUUACUAAAAACAAGGACUUUACAACAUCCUUUCAUUAUACAAUAAUCCCAUUCAUUAAAAAAAUCCCAGAUUUUUUUUUUUGGUUAGUGUAUAUGCAUGGCUUUUAUUGUAGAUCAACAAUCGAAUUUUAAGCAUUUUUGUAAGAUUUGUAAGAAAGGGUUUGGGUGUGGUAGAGCACUCGGUGGUCACAUGAGGGCUCACGGAAUAGGCGACGAGAACAGUCAUAUCGACGACGAUGAUCCCGCAAGUGAUUGGGAAGAUAAAUUAGGAGGCAAUGUACCACCUAACAACAAGCGUAUGUAUGCAUUAAGGACUAACCCUAAUAGGUUAAAGAGUUGUAGGGUUUGUGAGAAUUGCGGUAAGGAGUUUUUGUCGUGGAAAUCAUUUCUCGAACACAGUAAAUGUAGUUCCGAGGAUUGCGCCGAGUCACUCGUGUCGUCACCGGGGUCAGACGACGACGAUGAAGGUGUUGCGGCGAGGAGAGGGUGUGGUUGGUCUAAACGAAAACGAUCGUUACGAAGUAACGUAGGGAAUAAUUUUAAUUCCGUUUGUCCGUCGAGCGAAGAAGAAGAUCUUGCUAAUUGUCUUAUGAUGUUAUCGAACGCGACGGUCGAUCCGUUCUUGACUGAACUGGAAGAGUCGUGUGCUUCGGCGAGUAAAGACGAAGAGAGGCGAAAUACCAUGAAUUUUAUUGCUCCUAUUGCAUGUAAGAUACCUAUGGAUAAUAAGGCCAAAGGGGUUGCUAGAGGGUUAUUUGAAUGUAAAGCAUGUAAGAAAGUAUUCAAUUCACAUCAAGCAUUGGGCGGACAUAGAGCUAGUCAUAAAAAAGUUAAAGGGUGUUUCGCACGGCUCGAUCAUAUUGAUGAUAGUCAAGUCGAUGAAGACCUAGAUGUUAUCACACACGAAGAGUUCUUCCCGACGAAAUCGAGAUCAACAACGCUACAAUUCGAUCCAGGAACUAGUACUAAUCCCUUGGCAUCCACAUCGAAAAGGAAAUCAAAAGUACACGAAUGUUCAAUCUGUCACCGUGUUUUCUCAUCGGGACAAGCAUUAGGUGGUCAUAAAAGAUGUCAUUGGAUCACUUCCAACUCACCCGAUACUUCCUCGUUGGUUAAGUUCCAUCAUUUCGAAGAUCACAUCGAACAAAUUCAACAACAAAGACCUAAGUUCAUCGGCAAACCCGAACCACUUGAUCUUAAACUUGAUCUCAAUCUUCCCGCUCCAACCGAUGAUAACGUACGACGGAACCGUGAAAUUUAUUUGCAAGUUGACAACGAAAACAACGACACCAACAACAAUAAUAAUUACAAUGAUUCACUGCAAAAUGCCGAUGACGAAGCAGAUAGUAAGGCAAAAUUAGCGAAGCUAAGUGAAUUAAAGGACAUUAAUACGACCGGAGCUUCAUCUCCAUGGCUGCAAGUUGGGAUCGGUUCAACUGCUAAUGUUGGUUCUGAUCCACAGAAUUUGUAAUAAAAA